AUGAAUAUUAGAAAUUAUAUUUUCCUAAAUCAACUAGUUCUAAAAUUUGUUGGACUUUAUCCAAUAAAUACUGUGAGAUAUGUCAUAUGCAUUAGUUGUAUUAUGCUUAUUAUCAUACCAGAAAUAAUAAUGAUUUAUAUACAUUGGAACGAUCUAAACAUUGUUAUGGAAACAGGCUCAACUUUAUUGACAAUUUCACUUGCUACAUUAAAAUCAGUAAUUUGGAUGUUGAAUAGGAAAGAUUUGGAACUUUUUAUUGAAUUUAUGCUAACAGAUUAUUGGAGAAUAAUUGAAGACAAUAUAUGCUAAAACCAUUACUAAAGGAUAUUUUAUUUCAAUGUGUAAUGCCUUAUUAUUUUUCUUUAGUUUACCUAUUAUUGAAAUAUUAAUUAUAAAGCAUGAAGAUUCAGAUAAUUUGACUAUAAAGAACUUUCCAUUUGCUGCAUUAUAUCCUAUAGCUUUUUAUAAAUUUCCCUUCUAUGAGAUCGCAUAUGUAUCUCAAAUAUUGGCAACAAGUAUUUGUUGUUUGGUUAUUCUUGCAACUGAUGGUCUAAUUGCAACUGCACUACUUCAUACAUGCGGACAUUUUGCAGUACUUAGAAAAAAUUUAGAACAACUUGAUCCGUACAUUGAUCGUGUAAUUAACCUGAAGCCUAAUUCAAAACACAUAAGUGCAAAUUUAUAUGAAAUAAAAAAUCAAAUGAUACAUGUAAUUAAACAUCAUCAAGUAGUUCUUUGACAUUAAUGGAACAAUCGAAAAUGAUUAAAUUUGCUUCUCACUUAAUCGUAGCACUUUUUCAAUUAUUACUUUUUUGUUUUCCUGGAGACAUGUUAAUGCAACAGAGUCUCAGUAUAAGCACAGCUACAUAUUCUAUACAAUGGUUUCAAUUACCAAGUUUUGUUAAAGAUGAAAUGUGUAUGAUUAUUUCACGUUCUCAAAGACCUAGUUAUAUUACAGCAGGAAAAUUAUACAUAAUGCAUUUGGAAAAUUUUACAACGGUAAAUCAUAUAUUGGUCUAAAAAAUUAACAUAAGAUUACUGAAAUAAUAACAAUUAUUUGACAUUUAUAGAUUCUCAGUACUGCAUUCUCAUACUUUAUGAUGCUUCAGAGUUUCAAUUCAGAAUCUUAG